AUGAUUGUGGUGGCGAUUUAUGAGUGGUGGCCGGAGCUGAGUGAAUCGAUCGACGAAGCUCCAGCUGCCACAUUAAAAAUUGUUGUAGGCUCCCAUAUAUGGCUGGAGGAUAAAGAUUUAGCUUGGAUUGAUGGCGAGGUUGCCAGAAUAGAAGGUCAAAAUGCCCAUGUCCAUGCUACCAAUGGAAAGACGGUUAUUGUGAGCAUACCAGACAUUCAUCCAAAGGACACGGAAGUGCCAACUAAUGGCAUUGAUGACAUGACACGGCUAUCAUACUUGCAUGAACCUGGUGUUCUAAAUAAUCUCGCUAUUCGAUAUGCAAAAAAUAUAAUUUAUACCUAUACUGGCAACAUUCUGAUUGCAAUUAAUCCAUUCCAAAGGCUGCCCCAUCUUUCUGAACCCCAUACUAUGGAGAAGUACAAAGGUGCAAAUUUUGGUGAGCUAGACCCUCAUGUAUUUGCAAUCGCUGAUGUUUCUUACAGGCAGAUGAUGAAUGAGGGAAAGAGCAACUCCAUUUUGGUGAGCGGUGAAAGUGGUGCUGGUAAAACUGAAACUACAAAGAUGCUUAUGAGAUAUCUUGCUUUUUUGGGUGGGCGAUCUAGAACAGGAGGGAGGACAGUUGAACAACAAGUUUUAGAAUCUAAUCCAGUCCUUGAAGCCUUUGGCAAUGCAAAGACUGUUCGUAACAACAACUCAAGUCGAUUCGGCAAAUUUGUUGAAAUCCAAUUUGACAAGAGUGGGAAGAUAUCAGGUGCUGCCAUUAGAACAUACUUGCUUGAAAGAUCUCGUGUUUGCCAAAUCAAUAGUCCAGAGAGAAACUACCAUUGCUUUUACUUCCUAUGUGCAGCACCAUCAGAGGAUAUCAAAAGGUAUAAGCUGGCUGAGCCAUCAUCGUUUCACUAUCUCAAUCAAUCCACGUGCAUUAAACUUGACGAAAUUAGUGAUGCUAAGGAGUAUCUUGCAACACGAAGUGCGAUGAAUACAGUUGGUAUUACUGAGCAGGAGCAGGAGGCCACAUUCCGGGUAGUUGCUGCUGUGCUCCACCUUGGGAAUAUCAGUUUUGUGAAAGGGAGAGAGGUAGAUUCAUCUUUAUUAAAGGAUGAGAAAGCUAGGUUCCAUCUUAAUGCAGCAGCAGAGCUCUUGAUGUGUGAUGGCGGGAACCUGGAGAAUGUGCUGAUAAAGAGGAAAAUAAAUACACCAGAAGGAGUUAUAACCACAACAGUUGAUCCUAAUUCUGCUACUGUUAGCAGGGAUGGCUUAGCAAAGCAGAUAUAUUCUCGAUUAUUUGACUGGCUUGUAAACAGACUAAAUGCAUCCAUAGGACAAGAUACAUCCUCUGACCGAUUGAUUGGAGUACUUGAUAUCUAUGGUUUUGAAAGUUUUAAGACUAAUAGCUUUGAGCAAUUAUGCAUCAAUUUCACCAACGAAAAACUCCAACAGCAUUUUAAUCAGAAUGUCUUUAAAAUGGAGCAGGAAGAGUAUAACAGGGAGCAGAUCGACUGGAGCUACAUAGAAUUUGUUGACAACCAAGAUGUUCUGGACUUGAUUGAGAAGAAACCUGGUGGCAUUAUUGCACUUCUUGAUGAAGCUUGUAUGUUUCCUAAAUGCACACAUGAAUCAUUUUCUCAGAAGCUGUAUGAGAAAUUCAGGAAUAACAAAAGAUUUAGCAAACCAAAGCUUUCUCGCACUGCAUUUAACAUACAACAUUAUGCGGGAGAAGUAACUUAUCAGUCUGACCAUUUCCUGGACAAAAACAGAGACUAUGUAGUUGUAGAACAUCAAGAGUUACUUAAUGCUUCCAAGUGUUCAUUUGUGUCAGGGUUAUUCCCAUCAGUACUAGAGGAGAACACAAAAGCAUCAAAGUCUUCCAUUGCUACUCGCUUCAAGUGGCAACUCCAAGAACUGAUGGAGACGUUGAGUUCUACGGAGCCUCAUUACAUUAGAUGUAUUAAGCCCAAUAACAAUCUUAAGCCUACUACUUUUGAGAACAUCAAUGUACUGCAGCAACUUCGGUGUUCAGGUGUUCUUGAAGCUAUUAGAAUCAGCUGUGCUGGAUAUCCUACAAGAAAAAUAUUUCAUGAUUUUCUCUGUCGGUUUCGCAUUCUUGCUCCUGAAGUUUUCAUGGAAAGAAACAAUGAAAAGGUGACCUGCCAAAAGAUUUUGGACAAAAUAGGUCUCCAGGGUUAUCAGAUUGGAAGAACAAAGGUUUUCCUGAGAGCUGGUCAGAUGGCUGAAUUAGAUGCUAGAAGAACUGAAGUGCGGAAUAAAGCAGCUAGAGUUGUUCAGAGUAGAUUUCGCACUCAUGUUGCUCGUGAGCAAUUCCUUGUACUACGCAAGACAUCACUAUCUUUUCAAUCUUUUGUUAGAGUAAUAUUGGCUUGUAAGUUACGUGUUUUCCUGAGAAAACAAGCUGCAGCGUUGCAUCUACAGAAAAGUUACCGCUGCUAUCUUGCUUGGAACUCUUAUUCUAAGCUACGCUCUUCAGCCAUUACGUUGCAGACAGGACUAAGGGCGUUUGGUGCUUAUAAAGAAUACAUUCUCAGAAAACAAAAUAAAGCCACUAUUCGUAUCCAGGCUCAGUGGCGAUGCCAUAGAGAUUAUUCGAACUAUUGUAAAAUGAAGAGAUCAGUGUUAAUUUAUCAGUGUGCAUGGAGAAGACGGGUUGCUAGAGGAGAACUCCGAAAGCUCAAAAUGGCUGCAAGGGACACAGAAGCCCUGAAGGUGGAGAAGGAGAAACUUGAGGAGCAUGUUGUAGAGCUGACUAGCUGUUUGGGCUUGGAAAAGAAACUUAGGAUUGAUCUAGAGAAGAACAAAGCAGGAGAAAUUUCCAAACUACAGGCUGCUCUUCGUGAGAUGGAGCAGCGGGUGGAAGAAGCCACAAAGAUACAGGAAAGAGAAUUAGGCAAAAGGGCCAUUGAAGAAGCUUUAACUCAAGAAAGAGAAAAGAUCACUUCAUUGACUAACGAAGUGGAGGAGCUGAAGGUACUACUACAAAGAGAACAAGAAGAAAACAGUGCAACUAAGAGUGCACUUGUUAUUGCUCGGGAAGAAAAUGAUGCACUGACUACAAAAAUUGUGUCCGCGGACGAAAACAUUGAGCAGCUUAGAGAUGCUGUAAAAAGAUUUGAAAAGAAUGUGACAGAACUGGAGUCUUCAUUGAUGAUGGAAAAGGAACAAAACACGACAACUAGAAGGGAACUAAGUGAAGCGCACCAGAGGGAUGAAGAACUACUGAGACAAAUCUCAGAUGCCAAAGAAAAAUCCACAGAGCUUCAGACUGUUGUGCAAAGGCUGCAAGAAAGCUUAAUUGAGGGAGAGGCUACUUUACUUACAGAAAGACAAGAAAGUGAAGCGACCAAACAAUCACUCAAUGAAGCUCAUGUAAAAAUUGAGGAACUUCUCAAUAAAAUUGAAGUAGCUGAACAAGACAUUAGUAACUUCCAAGACAACAUCCAAAGACUUGAAGAAACUGUGACAACAUUGGAGACUUCAUUGUUAGCUGAAAAACAACAAAGUACUGCAACCUUUUCACAAUUAACUGAAGCACAACAGGGUAUUGAAGUACUGCAGAAGAAAUUUGCAGAUGCCCGUAGGACAAAUGAUCUGCUUCAAGAUUCUUUGAAAAGGUGUGAGGAAAAUGCAACCACAAGGGAUGCCCUGUAUGUAGCAGAAAGGCAAGAGCAUGAUCAAACCAAGCAAGCACUUUUGAAAGCUCAGGAAAGAAAUUGGGAAUUGCUAAGGAAAGUUGAUGAUAGUGAAAAAACUAUAAACAAGAUGCUGGAGAACGCUCAAAGACUUGAGAAACAUGCAACGGCAAGGGAAUCUUUGCUGCUUAAGACAAAACAAAAUCUCGACUGUACAGUAAAAGCGCUAACUGAAGCUCAAGGGAGAAACCGAGACUUGAUGACAAGUUUCGAGGAUUCAGCUAAAAAAAUCAAUAUGCUUGAGGAUUCAGUUAACAGACUAGAAGAACGCACAGCGGAGAAAGACUCUUUGUUGGAAGUAGAAAGACAAGAAAACAAAACGACUAAAGAAGAAAUAGCCAACGCCCAGAAAAAGAUCAAUGAAUUAGUACACGAGUCACAACAGUCCCAAGAAACCAGAAAACAAUUGGAAGAUACCAUCAAGAGGUCUGAAGCGGAUGCUACUUCCAGAGAUGCACUUUUGUUAUCAGAGAAACAAGCACAUGAGACGACCAAGAAAGUUCUGACCGAAACUCAGUGUAGAAAUGAAGAAUUAAUCAAGAAAAUUCAGGAUUAUGAUAAAAAUACUCUUCAGCUUCAGCUAACUGUUGAGAGGCUUCAGGAAAACGCAUCUGCUACAGAGGUUUUACUGUUGAGAGAACGAGAACAAAACAGUGCAACCAUGAAGGCACAAGCUGAAAGUCAAGAAAGAAUUUUGCAGUUACUAAAGAAGCUUGAGGACGUUGACAAAAAAAUUGGUCUUCUUCAAGGCAGCAUACAAAGGCUUGGUGAUAAUACAGCGAAAGACACUUUGCUGAUAUCUGAGAGACAUGAGAAGGAUGCACUGAAGAAAGCACUCACUGAGAGUGAAUACAAAAAUGAAGAGUUACUGAUGAAAGCAGAAGAAGCCAACAAAAAAGCUGAGCAUCUUCAAAACACUAUAAAUUCGGUUAAGGAGGAUAUGACAGCUUCUUUGGAAGCUGAAAGACAAGAAAAUGAAGCAAUCAGGAGGUCCCUUGUUGAAGCUCAGGAGAGAAAUGAGGUGUUAUUUAAGAAAGUUAGGGAUAGCGAAUACAGGGCCCACCAGCUUCAAGAUACUGUGCAGAAGCUUCAAGUAGAUGCCAUAUCAAGAUUGUCUAACUUUGUAAUGGAGAAACAAGAAGGCAAUGGUAUAAAAAGUGCACGUACUGAGGCUCAUGGAAGAAAUGAUGAUCUAAUAAGGAGAAAUGAAGACCUCCUAAAAAGAAAUGAUGACUUGGUAAAAAAGAUUGAAAAUUCUGGUGUACUUGUUUCUCAGCUUCGUGAGAACUUAGAAAGUUUAGAAGGAAAAGCUGCCGACUUAGAGGCUGAAAAUCAAGUACUUCGUCAACAAGCAAUUGCAACUCCUCCAUCUACAGCCAAGUCUCAAGCUGCAUGCCCUAAAAUCAGUAUGAUCCAUAGAUGUCAAGAAGAUGGUCAUAUUUCAAAUGGCAACGUAGCAUAUGCUGAAAUGAAGUCCUCAGUUGCUCCAACAGAAACAAGAGCCUCAAUGGGUAGCUCCCCUGAUUUGACUAACCACAAGGAUUAUGAAAAUGGGCAAAAGUUAUUUAACGAAGUAUAUCAGCCUUCUCAGCACCAGCAACCCUUGAAUCAUCAGCAGUUAUUGCUGAAAUACAUUACCCAGUAUCUUGGAUUCUCUAGCAGCAAACCGAUUGCUGCUCCUCUUAUAUACUACUCUCUUCUUCAUUGGAGAUCUUUUGAAGAAGCAAAGACAGGUGUCUUUGACAGUAUUAUACAAGUUGUAAACUCAGCAACUGAGGCUCAACAUGAUACAAGAGGCUUGGCCUAUUGGUUAUCCAACUUGUCCACAUUAUCAGUUCUACUGCAACGCUCAUUUAAAGUCGCCAGGGCAACAGUCUCAACUCCGAAUAGACGAAGAUUUUCCUGCGAGAGGAUUUUUCAAGUCAAUCAAACUUCAAACAGUGGGCUUGCUUAUUUCAGUGCUCAAUCAGUGGAUGGAGCUAGUGGCUUUCACCAAAUUGAGGCAAAAUAUCCAGCUUUGCUCUUCAAGCAGCAGCUGGUGGAUCAGAUUGAAAAGGUGUAUGGAAUGAUAAGCGACAGAAUGAAGAAGGAGCUAAACCCACUACUUGAGUUGUGCAUACAGGAUCCGAGAACUUCUUACUCAAAUCAAGCGAAGGCCUUGCUAUCUCCUGCUAGUGGUUUGGGCCAACAGGAACAACUCGUGCAUUGGCUGAGCAUCGUGAAAAUCUUCAACAACUAUCUGCACAUUCUCAGAGCUAAUCAUGUUCCCUCAAUUUUGGUUCACAAAUUGCUUACCCAGAUAUUUUCUAUGGUCAAUGUGCAAUUAUUUAACAGGCUCCUCUUGCGCCGUGAGUGCUGUUCCUUUAGCAACGGGCAAUACAUCAAAGAUGGGCUAACUCAACUAAAACAUUGGUGCAAUGACGUCAGUCGAGAGUUUGCAGAUUCCGCAUGGGCAGCACUGAGGCAUAUAAGACAAGCUGUUGACUUCGUGGUAAUUUCUCUCAAACCAAUAAGGUCAUGGGAAGAGAUACACAAUGAUAUUUGCCCGGCUCUCAGUUUGCAGCAGCUUGAGAGGAUAGUCGGUAUGUAUUGGGACGAUUUAAAUGGCUCAAACGUAACUUCAGCUGAGUUCAUAUCAAGCAUGAGAGCUAUGUUGCGUGAGGAAUCAAAUAGUGUCUCCAGCUUUUCAGUUCUGCUGGAUGAUGAUUCCAGCAUACCCUUUUCGCUUGAAGAUAUUGCAAAGUCGAUGCCAAACAUUGAGGAGACGUCAGUUAAUGACCUGCUACCUUUUAUCCGUGAGAACCAGAGCUUUACCUUUAUAUUGCAGUAGAGAAUGCGUGAGUGCUCUCCUCGGACUCAAGAGAGCCUCCCAAUUUGUACGAGAUUGCAAGCUUGAAAAUUCCUUGUUUUUGGGGUUCUCAUCUGAUUGCUUUGUGAAGACAAUAGUGUUUCCUCUGCUCGUCCUUCCCUGCCACUCUGUGUCGGGAUACUAUACAACGUAGACACCCCAACAC